AUGUCUCGCAACGUUGCUCCCAUGAAUCCUCUUACAGAAGAGGAAGAUGAUGAUUCGGCCAAUCAGGGGUCGCGGACUCACCGCGCUAAGCCAAGUUCGGGUUCCAACGACGAACCGAUGGGCGAAGCUGUCGACUCCGAUGAUGACAACGACAACGCGAUCGCAGAUGAUGAGAGUGAUGAGGACGAAGAAAUUCAGAUUGUGCAAAAAGCCUCUGCAACGCCAGGGAGCUCGCCACCUGACGGACUACAAGACUCUGUCCUAGGCGGCACGUACGUACCUUCAGCAGCAUCCCAACCAGAUUAUGGACCCUCAAACAAGAACUCAAGAAGCUCGAAAGCUUCGAAAGCCCUUUCGGUCCCGAAAGUUCAGUUACUGUCAAAAUCCGCAACGCAAACACCUCGCAAUGCCACGCCCGCUGAGUUUGCUGUCCCUGCACUAUUGAACCCAGAGGAUGAUGUCUUGUCCGAUUCCGAUCUUCCUGAACCCUGGAUCGAAGGUGCUCCCGUGCCGCUUGAAGCAGACUGUGAAGAUAGGGCCGAUUUUCUUCUGCAGAAGCGGUUCAAGCCUAUGGUCGACGUGCAAGAAGUCAUUGCUUCACUCACCAAAUUUGCUGUAUCCCAGCGAAGUACGGAGAGUCUUUAUGCAUUAGCAGAGAACACUCAAAACAUCCUCAAGCAUUGGCAGGACCAGUACCUGAUGUUAGACGCUAGGACGGCACCUCACAUGCAUCCCGCGAAGAAAGCGUGCAACGGUGGGCGCAUACCAAUUGCUACAGAUGUGUUCGAGGCGAUGAAAGAAGCUGAUCUGUAUGGAUACAACUACGACCCGAAGAAAAACCCUGAAGCCCAGGAUCCAUGGGGACAGAGGCCAGGGGCUGAGAAGAGUGGAGGUAGAGAGCUUCGAACGCGCCGGAAUCGUGACAUGCUCGAUUCUGCGCCUGCAAGCGAGGACGAGGAUGAAGAAGACGGCGAAGGUCGACCUGCAAAACGCCAGCGAAGAGCCACUCGCAAAUUUGACGGGAGUGAUGCUGGCACAGGCACAAACACACCGAAGAAGCACAAUGGUUGGGGUGGUGCACGCAAGAAAGGUGUGAGCAGAUUCUCGAAGAAUGCAUCCGAGACUCCCGAGCCUGAGAGCAGACCCACCAAGCGAGCGAGAACGGCAGCUAGUAAUCUCUUACACCAGCGUAUACAAGAGAUGCGUGAGGCAUCACUUGUCUCGACCGGCUCCGGAGAUGAAGAGUCUUCGGCCAUGGAGGUAGACGACUAUUCCGACACAAAUGUCAAGCGAGGUCGCCCAGCCGGCAGUAAGAACGUCGCGAGGCGUAGUGACUAUGGUGUCAAGAAGGGCCCGCGCAAGAAGCCUGGAGAAGCUAGAGAUGGCUGCAUCACAACCAGAGAUGGCCGAUGCAUACAUGAGCACCGCGCCAUUGAGCCAAUACACAAACAACUACGCGGAAGAAACCAGGUCCAGCAUCAGGUUCACGGGCGGAAACCUCGCGUUAAGAGCGAGAAGCGGAGCCAAUCAAUGACGAUAUGGUGGGCGGAGCGCAAGGCGCGGAAGAAGGAGCAAGACGAGAAGCACGGCACGCCAUUGAAAGAAGAAUCGAGACCCGGCUCUUCCAACGAAAGCGCACACCACGGCCCACCACCCCUCACAGCGCCUUCCCCAAUGUACAUGUUCGCCUCAGCAACACCACAAGCCCCCCACUCGCUGCUCCAAUACUCCCCGCUCGCCGCUCUGCCCUCGGGCGGUGCAUACCCCUUCUCCGGCCCACCACCUCUUGGCCCAGCGCCACAAUACGGCGCCCGCGCCCUCGCUCCCGCACCUCUCCACCAACAACCCCCGUCCUACCCUGCGCCAUACGGUGCGCAGAGCCCCACGUCCUCGCGGCCACAGAGUAGUGGACAGCUCCUGCGCAAUGGCCCGCCGCCACUGGCUCCCGCGCCGCUGCCGCAUUUCAGCCCGUAUGCGCCUGUGCCACUGGGCAGGGAGCGCGCGUUCCAGGUCAUGGUGCCUGGGCCGCCGCCGGGCGAGAGGAGGGGAAGUGGUUAG